AUGCUUAUUUUGGCUUUUAUGAUGAGGGAUGAGACACAUAGUGCCGAAUUGUUAUGUGUCAAAGACACUAGCUCCGCUACCCUACUUGAUAUAAAAAAUAUAUUAACAGAGUUAAGUCAGCAAACCACACAUUUCUUAAUGUUUUUAGUUGGAUUGAAUCGGUUAUCAGGAAUCGAUAAAAAUUAUGCA